ACCAGGGUAACACUAACUUACCUUGUUCCGAAAAGUGAGUCUUGAUAACGCGGUUUGUUGCGUUUGAUUUUGCUGUUUAAAGUCGGAAAAAGUAACCUCUGAAUACAUUUUUCAACGUUAUGAAGAAAGGAAACGUCAAGGCUGCGAAAGCGGUGAGUUUACCCUCUUUUUUUUGGCUGCGUCGUCAUGUUACUCCUUGCUGUCCGCCAUGUCUGUUUUGAAGCAAGUCGUUUUCAAGUAACAGUGGCCAAUGAUGGUUAUUUCGCAUUACAGGCGAUUAAUCGUUCAUAAUCGUGCAAAUAAAACUUCAUAUAUUGCAAGAUGAUGCAUUUCUUUGUGAGAAAAUUACACUGAAAGCAUGCAGCGCGUAAAUCUCCUAGUGUCCUGAUCAUAAGCUGAAAAUAUUUCUCCUCCAAACUACGAAUCAUCAACAGCCAACUGUCUUGAGCACAGCAUUUGUCAUCUUGCUCUCAUCUUGAUUUAUUAUGAGAAACAGUCAGGAUUUUCUAGUUGUCACUAGUUUCUCAUCAUGAAGUCAAAUUUUCUUUCGACCUCUUGAAAAAUAUUAACCUUAGAUAACAUCAUAUUAAUACAUACAAAUCAGAACAAAUGUUUAUAUACUAGAAAGAAACACAAGGACUCACAUUAGGGAAUUUUAACCUGCUACAACUACAGGAAAAUAUAAAAAGCUAAGAUCAUGGCUGGAUAAUUAUUAAGUUUCACUUUUCUGGUCGAUGAUGUUAAGUGCAAGAUUCCUAAUAAUCCUGGAUUACCGUUGGCUUUUAAAAAUUACUCUGAGCGGUUGUGUUCAUGUUUUAUCCUGAAAGGACAAGAAACCAGGAGUCACUCCUUCAAAUGCAGCUGUGAAGUCUGUCAGCAAAACUGCUGCUGUCAAAACAAAGAAAAAGGUUUGCAAUUAGUUUUUUUUUUACCUCUUUAGUGGCUAGUGCAUAGGGAAUCUAGCACUUUAUUAACCUUUAAAUUCACUCCUAAGAUAAAAAUGUCAGUUCUCUGCACUGUCUGCAAUGCUCUUCUUGAGUUUUAGCUCUGAGAAUUUGGCACUUUCCUAAGGUGAUAUUUUACUAAAUAACCUCUCAUCACCCUUUUGCUAUAAAAUUUGUUGAUAUUGUAAGGAGAAAUUCUGUCUUGGUCACUCAUGGGAACAAUGGGGUUAAUAAACCUUUCUCUCACAGUAAAUGAAGGUUAAAAAGGUACAAAAGAGACAAGCAAUGCAUAUUCAAUUUCAUCUACUCUCUAUACAUCGAUACUGCGAGUACAUGUAAAUUUACACAUGAAUGGUUAUUUUUAUUUUUCUAGGAUGAUGAUGAUGCUACACAGAUAGGAGAUGACUUGGAUGAAUGGAUGCAGGUAUCUUCAGCUUGGUCAUGUUUUUGAUAUCAUAAAUAAUUCCUUCUUAUUGCAUUGUCCACAUCAAAGUAGCCAGCUAUAAAUGUACAGUAGUUAGUCACUGAUCAUUCAUCUAAAGUGAGAACAAUUUUUUCUUCCUACAAUCAUUACAUCAAAAUUUAAAUUUUUACUCCAGCCCAAACAGCUAAUCAAGCCAGAUGACCAGCUGGAAUUGACAGAGGCAGAGUUGAAAGAGGAGUUUACCAGGAUCUUGACUGCAAACAACCCCCAUGCUCCAAGCAACAUAGUGCGCUACAGUUUCAAGGUAAGAAUUUUUUCCAAUAUUUAUGUCCACUCUCAAAACAAACCUAUGGAAAUUACAGAGUAAGCUCUGAAAAUAUAUGUUUGUAGUUUAAAAUGAAUUUCAGGAAUAAAUGCUAUAUAUUUAUUUGCAAACACAUGUAGUUUGAUUUUGUCUAAGUGCAUUUCGUACCAUGAUCAUUGAAGAAAGGAAAGUGUGUUUAUCAAACUACUACCAGUGUACCACUUUUACGUGCACUGGGAAAAAUUUAGUCUGAAAAAUAUCAACAUGUACAUUGGCAUAAAUCAGAAAGCACUUGUUCAAUGAAACAGUGAGAUGACAUAAAAAUAAAAGGUUCCUUCCACUCCAUCAUCACAGUGAUUGACACCCUCACCUGUAGAUGUAAUUGACUUCUCAACUCUGAAAGUGUGUGGAUAUGGUUUCUUUUUAAAAUUACAUUCAUAUACAUUGUGGCUUAAAAAUACUUGUAAGUGUCUUGCUUUGUUAAUAUUUAAGAUAGUGAAGACAUGAUCUUUUUUUUUAUACACAGGAAAAAUGCUUUAAACCAACAUCAAGUGUGGAUCAGCUGGCAAUUCACUUUGCUCUUGAUGGGUAGGAGACUGUUUUAUUUACUUGGGAGUAUUUCUGUUAGUUAGCUACUUUAGGGUUGUGUAUACACACUUACAAAGUAUUCCCUAGAAUUAAGGGGUAUUAAGGCUGCAUUAAUGCACAGACUCAUGCACAUUCCCUGAUACAGUUGUUCUGGAGUUGUAGUCAUCACAUGUACAUGUUUGUCCAAAACAAAAUCGAUCCCAUAAAUCUUCAAAGAAAGAUUAUGGAAUGGGCCAGAUAUACACAUGUAGCUAACCUGAAGGCUGAUACCCAUUAACAUGAUGAUUGAUUUACAAACUCUCUGAAACCAGGGUCUGGAAUUGGGAAUGAAAUAGGACCAGGACAUUAAGAGGCAUACAAAUUACAACUGAGUAUUAAAAGGGUAUACUCCCUCUGGAAUAACACCAUACAAAAUUUUAGAUGUUGAAAAUGUAUUUGAAUGGUCAUGAACAAUGAAUUUUUUGAAGGAACAUGCUUCAUAAAGACUCAGAUGAAGCCAGGAGACAAAGAGCAAGGCAAGGACUGGAAGGUAGGUUAAGAAGUAUUAAACUACCUGUGAAAAAUUAAAAAACCACUUUAGGUUGAGCUGGGAUUCAUUCCUUUGAAAUUAUGAAGUUCAAAUAAACCUCUUUCAUCAAUGAUCUGUGGGAUUGGUGUAUUUUUAUAUACAAAGAAAUUAGCUUUUCUUGUUUAACAUCAAUUUGUGUAAAACCAAUCAAACUCCCAUUCAAACUGAAGCUAAUAAAACUAAUCUGCAUAUGGAUAAAAUAACAAAAAUCAUUCCUGCCACUGUGGAAGAGGUUUAUACUUAAUAAUAAUAAUACUUAUAAUAAUAGUUAAUACUUAAUUACUUUGUUUAUGUUGUAUAUAGCUAAGCAUUUGAAAAAAUAAGUGAUUUACAUAUAGUCAAAAGCAAUUUGGUGGAAUGCUUUCGAGAGAAGUAAAGUGGGAAAUUUUUGCCACUUGCUUUUUUUAUAAAAGUGUACACACUAUUGGCUUAACAUAAAUUUUGCUAAAUUUUUUUUUUGGAAAUAUUAUAUAAUAAUUGACCUCAUCUAAUAUAAAAAGAUUAUAUGAACAUUUUUGUACACAAUCUGUUUCACAUUAAUUUUUUAAAAAAAUUAAUGACAUAAAUUCUAGGCAUUAUUUGUAAAAUUUUUUUGAAUACCAUGUCAUUAACCACAAGAAUUUAUUUUUACAUAGAGCUAAAAGAAGUAACAGGUUUAGUGUAGAGAAAUAUCCACAUCAUUCGUUUUACUAAUAUUAUUCAACAGUUAUUAUGUUGUAUGAAUUUUAAAGGCUAACUCCAUCUUGUUCUUGCCCAUUAACCUGUAAGGCUUUGAUGACUUCCUGAGGCCAUUGAGCUCUGUUUGUGAGUAGCACCAUGCAAUAUUUAUCAACUGCAUGAUUUUCACAAAAGUGUGGGUUAAUAUUUAUAAUUACUACUCAAGAAAUAACACUAUUAACUUGUAAUUUUUGAUAAAUCAAAAUUACAGAGUUAAGAGUCUACAAAAACUAAAUUCUGAUGAUAAUAUAUGCAAAUAUUUGUUUCUAAACUCUUUGUAGUAUUCUCUUUAAAUAAUUAUACUUUAGUUAGGAGAUUGAUUGAUGGAAAUUUGGUUUAAUAUCAUGUUUUUCACUUAAGCUUCACCCAAAUUUUUCCUAACCAACUAAGACAAUUCUUACAACAAAGGCUUGAAAGAUCCACAAGAUUCUUGUGGAUCAAGAAAAGGCACUUGGUGCUAUUAGAUUAUUUAAUUGUUUUAAUUAUAAUUGCUAAAUUUGUUAACACACAGUUCCACUCUAAGACUUUUGCCUAUUAAACAUUUUUUCAAAUUUCUCUUUAAAGUGCAUAAGCAAACAUACCUAUAUUUUUUUCCUUGGCUAGGGGAAAAAAAGUUUGUUUUUGUUAAUUUUAAGAUAAAGAAUAACAAAAUUUGAGAAUGCCCUUGGAAAUAAAGAAAAUUUUAAUCACACCUCAUAUUCCUUUGUUCUUUGACGUUCAUACUAAAUUAAGUUACCUCCUAAAUAAAUUCUAAUUUAUCAGCGAACAGGUCAGGAAGUGCUGGUCAGUCAUCAAUUCCAUUACAUGGAGUUUGUUAGUUUCCUUUGAUUCAGUUGCUUGUCAUGCUUUUAUUCUUGAAAUAUUAUUGUUUAAUCUGUUAUUGACUUGUUACUGAUGUCACCGGUGCAUUUGACCUUUAAGAAAUGUACCUUUAUUGUCUACAAUAAUGAAGAUAGCAGCUGUGAGUCAUUUCUCUCUUUAAGUUUUGCUUUGCAAUCAUACAGGUAGUGAAAUUGUGGAUGUACUUGUAUCAGUAUGGGGUUAAAUGCACAAUUUGAAAUGCUUGCCAUGGGACAUUGUUCAUAGACCAUUGAUUGAAAAAUGACUCUCAUGAGGGUACAGGAUCCUUAGAACUUUUCAAACCUAGUUUACCUUGUAAAUUAUUGCAAGUCGCUUGUAGGAACUUAGACCCUUGAAGAAUUGUGUAACCAAUUGAGCAAAAUUUAUUGAACAAGAACAAUUAGAAAGACAAUAUCAGCCCAAUGUACGUGCACAUACAUUGGGCUGAUAUUAUUUUUCUAAAUGUUCUUGAUAGUUAGAUAAUUCAGAUUUUUAUAAUUAAUAGAGAUGUGAUGAAGGAAAUAAUUUGAGGAUCUGCACCAUUUCUUAUAUUGUUGUGGAUAAUUUUAUGUUCUCAGAAGCUCCAGGCUAUAAUAGUGUUUCAAUCAAGAAUGAAAAGGGAGAAAGCGUUGCUGUUUUGAGGAUCGGGGAUUGAACGCUCUUUCUUCUUUGGUUGUUGUAUAUCAGUUACUAUGACUUUGGAAGAAAGCGCCUUCCUCUCACUGAAUACUAUUGAAAGUUCACUCCAAAAUUGUUUGUUUUUCUUGAAUUUGGAAUGAUGGUCAAUCUGAAUAUUGGCGGAUAAAGGGGGUAAUUUAAUUUUUUUUUUAAGUAACUGUGUUGCUGCGUCGAUGGGUGAGUGUAACAAGGUAAUUUGGUAUUAUGAACUGAGUUGAUAACGUAAAUUGGCGACCGUAAAGAGUUUCGAAGCUUACGUUUCGAACGUUAGCCCUUCGUCAUCUUUGAAAGUCUUCACGGUGGUGAAGUGGUUCAUUUGAUCCUCGAACGUCAUCUUUUAAAAGACUUUAUUUUUUUUAUAUUCAGGGUGAUGAUAUUUACAUUUAUAAACUCAGUUAAUGAUACUAAAUUACCUUUGAUACCAGAGGAACUUGCUCAACACACUGCCAGAAAUUUUUUAGAUAGACUGAAUAAUAUUAACAUGUAGGUACAGCGUGUCUUUGGUGACAAACAUCUUCCUGUCCUUAUAGCUGAACAUGACGCUGGGGAAGCUGGUGAAGAAGAAGACAAAGAAAACAAAGCAGUUGAGGCAGUAGAGGUGAUUUGUCUCAAUUUUUAAUCAUAAUUUUGUAAUCUAGACUGAAUUUUGGCAAAUUACUGUAUACGAUGCAUUCUUCGUUUCAUUAAGACAUAUUCCACAUUUCAACUUUUCUUCAAAGUCACCAUAUGGCGACCUAAAAUCAUAGAACAGUCGUCGGACAUAAACUAUUAGGGCCGGUUAUUUACACGAGGUCAACUCCAAACCGCGGUUUUACGCAAUCAAUGGGCCUCAGGGAUUCUCUAUAAGAGGGUUGAUUUAAUUAAAUAAAUGUCCUCUCACUGGUAGCUUUCAGCUCUCUUGACACUGUUCACAAAAGUAAAUAAUCAGAUGAAAGGUUCGGCUUAAUUGAAAAUGGCUUAGGUUGUGUUUAAACAACGGUUAAACAACGUUUAAAUGCAUGACCGGCCCUUAAUCGCUUGGAAAAAAGACUCUUCUGUAACGUUGCCUGACAUACUAAAUUUCUGGCCAAACUCCUCAGUUGUCUUUAGACAUCUUAAGGCUCCAUUAUCGCAGAGCCAAGAAGAAAGAGACAAAGUUUAUGGAAGAAAACGACGAAACACGAGUAAAACUUACAACUUUGAAUUUAUUUUGGUUCAGGAAAAAUCAGCGGAAGAAGUUCGACCUGACUCGUCUGCCUCUGUGGGUGGAAAGAGUGAAGCAAAGUUGACGAACCAGUUUAACUUCAGUGAGAGAGCUUCACAGACUUACAACAAUCCUUACAGAGUAAGUUGGUCAACUUAAAAAAAAGGCACAAAUUGUACCAGGAACUCUCUCUCUCUCUCUCUCUGUCUUUCAUAUAGCCAACAUUUUUUGUCAACAAAACAGGUUACAGUUACCUGCUUGCUUCACCAGAAAUGUCGCCGGCAUGUUUUUCCAUUUAUGUUAUCUCAGUGUCAGUUUUUUCAGUUUUUAAUAGAAGUCUAAAAUUUAAUAUAUUGACCAUAAGCAGUUAAUACUGUUUCUUACUGGACGUCAUGUGUUAGAAUGCAGUUUCACGUAUUUAUUCACCUAAAGCAGACUAUCACUGUCUCAACGUAUUGCUGUUCUUUCGCUGUCAUUUCCUGUUUCCAAGGGAUACAACGAGUAUGACAGGGGGAGGGAAGGGUCCGUUGCGUUGCUUGACAUUCCAAAAUCGGUUGCGGAGAACAUUGUUGGACAAGCCUGUACACUGAAAUUGGUUUCUACCUCUUCGUACUUGCACUAUUUUGUUUAUUUAUUGAUUUUUUUUCCAAGGAACGUGGAACCUCAACUGAACCUCCACCAAGGGCAAACUUCUCAGCCACUGCUAAUCAGGUAGAGCUAGAGUACACUCCCUAUCAUUAUUACACGAAGAUUCAAUGUAACUUUGUUACUUUUGCAGUUUUUUAUAUCAUUCCUUUUCAAAUAAACAUCAAAGCUUUUUUCCGCUCAUUGUACUGUUUUUCGAAAAAGAAAUGAGCGCCCUGUCCGUGAUUAGCGCCUUGUUUGGAAUUAGCGCCCUAGACGUACCAUUAGUAGAUAAGCGCCCGAGUGCUUAAAUCGAAUCAUUACGGUAAUUCUGCUAAUCGGUGUUAAAAAAAUUUUGGACCAAAGCGGAAAAUUUGAUGGAGUCAUUCUUGAGCACUUAAGAAAAAUUUCUGCUAAUCUAGUACUUCACCAGUGCUUACUUCCACAAUUUCUCAUGUCCUUUCAGUGGGAAAUUUAUGAUGCAUACGUUGAGGAUUUGCAAAGACAGGUGAGAAUCUGAAACUAAUAGUUAUUUUAGUUUCAUUUUCAAAUUUCUUCAACAUAUUUUUAAUGGAAAAGUAAGCGAAUUGCGAGUAGCACGCGAGAGAAGGAGUCUGUAUGUUUAAACUUAUAGUAAUAAUAAUAAUGAUAAUAAUAAUAGUGAGUGAAUAAAUGAACAAAUGAUAAAUAAAUGAACAGAUAAAGAGAUGAAUGAAUGAACAACGUCAGUUCUGUUAUGUCAUAAGUGAUAGGCAAAUAUGAAAUAUGAAAUAUUCACAUUUCCACAUUGUAGAAGCCCACGUUUCAACCAAAGCCUGUGUUACUCCGUCGUCUAUUGCUCAAAUACAUUAGACGACCUCACAGAUGAUGACUCUUGAGGAAGCUUUAUCGUAAUUUGAAAUAAUCGUAUUUCAGGAAAAAAUGAAAGAAAAGGAAAGCAGAAAGACCCAAACCUUCAAGAAAGACGAUGACAAAAAGAAAAAGCUCAUGCAAGUUGAAGUGCAGGUUAGUUAGCUUGUACUGCAAAUGAUCAUCUUUGCGGAAAGUUAACCUAAGUUUCACAAGCGUCGCGCUCCAGCUCUUUGAGUCGUGGUUCCAGUUUUAUCCAAAUUAAACAGUGCAGACCAUUUUACCCUCUGCUAGCCUCUGGUGAGGUUCCAUUGAAAGUUAGGUGGCACCUGUAUGUAAUCCUUCCAGCAUAGUGUCUGAGCGCUCGGGAUCUGACCUCUAGAUCUGUAUCUUAGCCUAAAAACCUCUUCCACGUAACUUAAUUAACCAAGUGGUUCAUUUGAUCCAAGAAGUGGGACUGGAUGUCCACCUUAUAACUAAUGCACAGACUUUAUUUUUAUAUUCAGGGUGAUGAUAUUUCAAGGAUUUCCAAACCGUGCAAGAUAGUGGAGAGAAUGAUAAACCAGAACACAUAUGAUGAAAUUGCACAAGGUUAGACGAAUCUUUUACUUAACAAUUCACGUCACUCAUAAUUCAUAAUGUCGUCGAAGGCGUUUUCGGAAUGGCGGUUGUGAUUUUCAUUUGCGCGGCUUUCGCGAUACAGAUUGCGUAAAUCAAAAAGUAGAGCGCGCUAAGAGAUAACCUCAAGUGUGUAGCUGACCCUUGCAGUUGAGAGCGUGUUAUUACAAGGUGCUGGAUGCCGAUGAUAUCUGAAUCCAGGCUAUUCUGUUGGGAUAACGUAGUCCUCAGACUUUGAACCUGUUAUAGCUGCCUAUAAAUUACCUUGUAUUGUUGUAGUUUUGAACUUUCAGAGUUCUCUCCUUUACCAUUAUUCCCAUUCUGACUUAUUUUUCAAACCAUGCAAAUGGUGUUCCUUCUACCUUUGUUAGUCUCAGAACGUACCAUUCAUCACUCGGAUUUUGAAGUUAAGCAUUCAUUUAUCUAGUGCGGAGUUCGUACAAAAUUUUGAUGUCUUACAUUCUAUGUAGUGCUGUUUGAAAAUAUCAUCGCUUUCAAUUUUUUGCCAUCAGAUUUCAAAUACUGGGAAGACGCCGCCGAUGAGUUUAAGGACCAGGAGGGGACACUGUUGCCGCUGUGGAAAUUUUCGUUUGAGAAAUCAAAGAGAAUGGCCGUCACCUCACUUUGCUGGUUUGUCUGCUUCUCCUGAUCAUUGUAUCCCUUUCAGUUGUUGAAAGUGAGGCAGAAUGUAUAUAUCUUUUUAGAUUACAGUUGUAGUUAGCUUCUGAAUGUGGAUGUUUUCUUCACUGUAGGAGUCCUAAGUAUCACGACUUGUUUGGAGUGGGACACGGAUCGUGUGAGUAACAUUUAUUUUGACGUCGAUACGUGACAUUUUGACACCAUGUCAUCAUGACAUAACAUCGUGCCCUAAUGAUAUUGUGCCUUAAUGACAUCAUAACAUCGAAACAUCGUAAUAUCCUGACGUUGGAACAUCGUGACUUCAUGAUGUAAUGAGAGCGUGGCAUUUUCGAAAAUGACGUCGAUUUUUUUUCGUAAAAUUUAUCGACAUGAAAUGGAUGAACUUCAGUUUAGAAGAGUAAAUAGGCUAAGUAACGUGAUAAUAUCGAGAGAAAGUUCAGUUGCCAUGGAAAUUUUCUUUAAAAUUGAGAGAGACUCACAAAGUACAAUUGAAAGUAGGUCCGUCGAGAAAUAUGUGGAUGAUAUUGAUGUAUCAAAAAGGAAAUUGUAGGCUUUGUGUAUGACAUGUUCAGAGAGUUCGAAUAAAAGCACAAAGAAAUACCUGUUGACAUUUCGUGUACUUAACCUUAAUUACUUACGUUUGGGUUUCAUGUCUUCAUUCCAGAUGACUUUUUAAAGCAAAGUAACGGAAUGGUCGCCAUGUACACAUUGAAGAACCCUUCAUUUCCAGAGUGAGUGUUCAUCUUAGCAAAGGCUAACCCUCUUCACUGCUAGAUUAUGAAAAAAUGAUAAUAAAGAAGAUAAUGAAUAAACAAUAAAACUAUACAGAGAUGAGUCGCUGUUAACUGGUGGUACUAGAGUUUGGACCAUGGCACUGUUAAGUUUCUGUAAAGUGAUUAUGCCUCGGUGCGUUUCGACGUUCGUUUUUCCUUCCGCUGUUAUGGCUAAUGCAUUACCUUGUGUUUGUCAGAUACAUAUGUGAGACAGAAAGUGGGGUGAUGUGCCUUGAUUUUCAUCCUGAGCAUCCGAAUUACAUCGCAGUUGGUUUUUACGACGGUAAGCAACAUCCCAUUCAGUGAAGGUACACUUCCUGGUAUUUUCAUUUCAAUUUAAUAUUUGACAGUAAAAGCUACAGUUAGGCAAGAUUUUGGAACAAACAAUAGUAUUUGCAAGGUUUAGUUCAGCAAUGGUUUGAAUAUUUCCGUCAAAUACGAGUAACGUACAAUCAGGGGAAUCGCGGGAAAACAUGUACAUAAGGAGAAGGGAAACAUACUCGGCAUAUAAGAAAAAUUUUGGCUUUUUAAUUCUUGGUGCAAAUUUAGUUGCAUUAGGAGGUAACGUAUUUUAAAUCGAAAAUCUUUCAGUAGGAGUUGAUGAGCAACCUUGUCAGAGGCCAUCAAAUGCAAAUCAAGUUAUAUUAUUUAGUAUAAACUUGUUUCUCUGUGGAAAACACUAAAAUCUAAGUACGUUGUCACUCUUUUAUAUCCAGGUAGUGUUGGUGUGUACACUGUCGUUCAACAAACAAAUAAGAUCGAGCUGAUGUACAGAUCAACAGCGAAGACGGGCAAACAUACGGACCCUGUUUGGCAGGUGAGGAUGACGAAAUAUAAACGAAUCUGACAAGGGAAUGAAGGAGGAGAAUUUCUUCCUGACGUGUGCCAUUUUUCUGAUGUUUGUUUUCGUUUUGCUUGUCUUUCAUUUAAGGUAAAAUGGCAAAAAGACGAUUUGGACAACAACAUGAACUUCUUCUCCGUAUCCUCUGAUGGCAGAAUAACACAAUGGACGAUCGUAAAGGUAAACUUAGUACACUAGCUCAAAGAGAAGCAAAAUAGCUUGUAGUCUCGUUAUUUUUACCUGUUGUGCUAAAGUUGAUUCAGCUUUUGUGGUAUGUACCAAAACAUUUAGUAUUCUGUUUUAACAGGAAUUAAAGAUAAUCCUCUCGAAUACUUUUUAUAUCUUUGUCACACUGACAAAUAUUUGUUGUGUUUUGUUGUUUAGAGUGAACUGAGGCACACUGACAUUAUCACUCUGAAGCAGGGAAACACUCCUGAAGGAGAAGGAGACAACACACAGCUACCAAGUUUAGGUAUAUUUUAGUUUGCUAUUUUGCAGCACAUACCCGGGACCCCACUGACCCGAACCAUCUACUCUGAUCCCAGUUGGUCUCUUCAUUCCCUACUUUCCCACUUGCUUCCAAACCGAAGUCAUUUAAUCUCUGUACGAGUACCUUGACAUCAGACAAACUAUCUUAUUUUAUUGAGAAUUGUAAAAUGUUCAGAGAAAUGCGCGCGCCAUGAUUGGCCAGGACGAGUUCAUCAUAUUUCCAUAAAGCACGCGCCUUACGUCACAGUGCACUGUUGAGAUAUAAUGCACACAGCCUACGUCAUCGGUACGAGCGCACGCAAUUCACGAUAAAUUUUAUAAAAGAAAUAAAAAAACCUGUUCCUCAAGCAUUCGGCUCGUGCCUCUCCGCACUUCCCUGUUGAUCUUAAAAAUUCCCGCGUGCUUAUAUAACUCAACAAUGCACUCGGCGCGUUUUUUAUUUCUUUAACAAAUAAUUGAAAACGUUUACUUAGAACAAUCAAAAUCGAAGGAAAUUGACUUCCCGUUAUCCUCUCUGAAUUGUCUAAUGUUCCCACUUCUUUGAUCUACAGGUUGUGGAACGGCAUUUGAUUUUCAUAAAACAAUGGAUUAUAUGUUUCUAGUUGGUAAGUGGAAUGUUACCACAGCAAACAUCUUUUCUCUAAGAUGUCGUCAACUCGUAAUAGAGCAAUUUUUUUUAUUGAAUAUCUAAAGUACUGCAGUACUUUUGCUUCAUGUUGCUCUGUGAUUUGUCUAGUGAACUUGCGUAGUUGAGUUAAGUAGAGCAAUUUUCAAUUGUAUCGAAAUAAAUCCGAGAUUGCAUUGGGUUUGGUUUACUGCGCCAUGUGAUUGGUACAGAAAACUCGCGCCACUCUUCCAACCAAUCAGAUGCAAAACUCAGUCAAACCAAUCACGACUUGGUCGCCUGCAUUUUCCCGCGCUUGAGGCAGUUUGGUUGUUUUGACUCUGAUUUCUCAUUGGCUCUCCAAGGUAUUUUCCUGUCCUCUGAUUGGCCGCUGUGAUUACUUUGGUUUUGUUUUACGUCACUCAAUCGAAAAGCACUCGAGUUAGAACAAAACUGUGACCAAUCGUGACUUGGUUACUUUGCUGGUUUUUGUUUUGAGUUCUCAUCGACUGAUUGUGAUAGUUUCUUUUGUUCUGAAUGACCUUGGUGGUUAAUUUGGUUUUACGUUGAUCAAAAAGUGCCCCAAUCGUAAACUUUUUUUUAACACUUUUUCUUCUUUUUAAUGAUCAGGCACAGAGGAAGGAAAGAUACACAAGUGCUCCAAAACUUAUUCAAGCCAGUUCCUCGAGACUUAUGAUGUACGUAUCUUCCUUCAAUUUUCAACUCUUUUGCCAGCAUCAUGGCUUGAGGUUGUAGUUGUUUUUACUUUUUUCGUUUAUUCGCACGCUGGGAAUAGCAUUUAUUCACUCUAACUUGAAUUGAUUCCAUCAGAAUCUUUACAUUUAUGGGAAGUCAGAUCGUUACAAACUUUAUAUAACAAUAUCGGUUCUUAAAUUAAUAAAAUAAAUUUACUACACUAGAAAUCGUGAGAGACGCGGAAGCUUCCGUUUAGCGCGCUACAUUGUGAGAGAACCUGGCUGGGGCAUUGUGUGGUGUUCUUGGACAUGACACAGGACUCCCACAGUGCCACCCUUCGCAAGGACUUCCAGUCUCUUCAUGUCCAUGUCAAAAUGUCUACCAAAGUUUUAAUGAGCUUAUCUCGCCAAUCUCUUUUCUUAUCACUCGACUCUCUUUCUUUCUGUAGGCACAUCACAUGGCAGUUUACUCUGUCAAAUGGAAUCAUUUCCACCCAAAGAUUUUUAUCUCGUGUAGUGCAGACUGGACUGUGAAGAUUUGGGAUCACCAUUAUCAGUAAGAAGUCUUAGCUAUAGGAGUGUCUUUACUAAAAGUUUUAAGCUCACAAAGCCUAUAAAAGGGAUGGAAAUUUUUGAGAACUGCAAAUGUAGCUACGAAUAUUGAAAAUCAAUCAAUCAAAACGGCUUGGGGUGUGGAUUUCUGAAGUGAUUCUUCGUUCAGAAUAUAUUUUUAGGUUCGAACGAACCCUCAUGGGAUGCUAGGGACGUUUCAAAUGAACAUUCUAUCCUGUGAUCUGAUGAAAUAACGUGAUGUCCACGACAGCUUGACCGCUCUGAAAGUUAUUGACAGCCCCUAGAAUAUCUAUAGCUAUGACACAUCGUCUUAGUCAUACAUCUGAUUUCAUCUUAUCAAUUGUUAGUUCAUCACUUAUCUCUCGUUUUCUUCACGCAGAGAGCCCAUGUUUACGUUUGAUCUGAACAACUCUGUCGGUGAUGUGGCCUGGGCGCCUUAUGCUUCCACAGUGUUUGCCGCCUGUACGACUGAUGGACGGGUAAGACACAAUACAGUGUUACAUUGUUUUGGUAGAUAAACUGCGGUGUUUCACAAGGAUUUUUAGCCCUUAGAAAAGCCGUAACUGCUCAAAUGUAAAAUUACGAUAAUUUUUUUACGUGUGUUUGAUAGCGCUAAUCAGCUGCUGACACGUUACUCGCCUUUCGCGCUCUUCUGUCAGGUUCAUUCCUUAGUAAUAAAGGGGAUAAGUUUCUAAAGAAAUUGUGGUGCUGAGUCGGUGUAGAAGUAUAACAAGAUAAUUUGGUUUUAUCAACUAAGAUGGUAAUGUAAAAUGGCCAUCGUUAAGAUUUACUAAGCUGCCGCUUUGAGCAUUCGCCCUUCGUCAGAGCGAAUGAAGUCGACUUUUCCUGCUAAUAAAGGCCAAGGAUGUUUAAAUGAUAAGUAAAGUUAUACAUGGUAGCUUGUAGAUGUGGAGUUUCUAUUCUUGUGAUCAACUCGAUAUCUCUCUCACUCUUUUGCGAUGAGAACUGAGAGUGUAAUCAUGUAAACGCUCCCAUGCUAGGGAACUCAUGAUUAGCUUACGUUUUGCGUGUGAUUGGUUGAUGCGAGACAGUUCUGGACCCAUCAUUGACGGAGCAAAGCAAAGCCACAGUGAUCCCACAUCAGUUUCGACACUCCAAUUGAAAAUGGAGAUGUGUUUUGAACUCGACACGUGUUUUUCCUGAAAAUUUCUCAGAGCUGAUGAACGUUAUGAUUAUUGUUUCAGGUCUAUGUGUACGAUCUGAACGUGAACAAGUAUGAACCUCUAAGCGAACAAUCAGGUAGGUUUAAUACCUGGCGGUGAACUACGACGCUUUAAUUUAUUGUGCGGACAAACCAGAAAACAUUAUUGUGAACCACCUUGAACUCAAGUAAAGGGAGACAAGUGAAGUUUAAAAGCCUAGCGGCCCAUGAACCGCUCUGUAGGAUGAGAUGAAAUUCUGUCACAGGUUACCUUUCUCCCCACCCCCUCAGACUUUUCUAUUUUUUUUUCCUUAAGGUUUUACCGACAGUUCGCCAGUACCUUUUUUUGUCCUGGGCAGGGUGGGAUGGGAACACAACACAACGAUCUGAGUAGGGCUGGUACCCAGACCGCUCGAUCUGGAGUUAAACCCAGCCAGCCAACAGGCCCUCGAUUCUCUCACGCAGUAAAAGGAAUAAUUGCAUUUUUUUUCCUGUUUACAGUGGCUAACAAGAAGAGAACAAAGCUGACUCACUUGGCUUUUAACCCGGAGUACCCCGUGCUUAUUGUGGGAGAUGACAGGUAAUUGAAAUUUGUCUUAGCUCGUCAACUCUCAUCUACUUGUUUUGAAUCGGAAAAAAGUUACUAUGAACAAACCUUUCGCACGGCUUUAAAACUUCUUUGCCGAAAGGUUGUACGAUUGUCGAAGAUCUUGUUAUCGAUCUUCGAAAAUGAUUGAGAGCAAUCGUAAAUUUCUUGAUUCUUCGCUCUUCAACCUUUGUCUAAAGUAGAUUCCAUUUUAUUUCGUUUCACAGAGGGUAUGUGACAUCGUUGAAGCUGUCACCAAAUCUCAGAAAAGCCACGCAGCCCAAGGUAUGUCUACUGAUAAAAGUGCAGCAGUUGAUUUUUUGACAAGUGCAGCCGAAAAAGUCUUUAUCAUCCCAUGGGUUUCUCGAACAAAUUUAUAUAACAUCGCCUCCAUUGCACCUAUAACCGAUCUGACCUUGUCGUCCCCUUCAGUGCUCAUGCUCUUCUUCCUCUCCUGCUCCUCCUUCUAAAACUCAUCCCUGAUACUCCUAUCCAUUCCUCGGUUUCAUCUCGUUCCACACCAUUUUUUUCUGCCCCGUUCUCUUCCCCGUCUGUCCUUUUUCUCCCAGACCCUCCCUCCUCUUUUUACCUCCCACCCCACCAGUCGCUUGUCCUUUGCCGCUAUAUCCUAUCUCUCUUUUCUUCCCAAUAUCCUACUCCUCUUUUCUUCCUCAACUUUCACUGAGCGAAAGUUAACUUAAAUUUCAUUUUAGUUCAUUGUACCAGUAUUCUUUGACUUCCCUUUUCGAUCUAGAAUUCAUAGGAAUCUUGCCGGUGUCCCUCUCGGGAUUUCGCCGCAAUCUCGUCGGGAUCUGAGGGAGGGAAUUGGAGUAUGGUUUUCCCCGGCAGACGAUAUAAACUUUCCUCGCGAAAAUGUAGGCGAGUGAUUAAAAAAAAAAAAAAGCGAAGAAACCCCGUGAUUGAAAAGGCGAUCAACGCAACUAUGUUUGCAAUUUUAGUAAUGAACAUGCAAAAAAUAAUUUCUAAAGUGACAACUCUUCCACGGGUUAUAUUUUGAACAAGUGAUAUACAUACUUAGCUGUGAAGAGUCUUGCACUUUGCAUCUGACUGGGCACUAACUCAUUAUGUUUUUCUCUCUAACGUUUGCCUUCAUGGAUGUUACACGUUGUUUACACGCUGGCCAAUAACAUACUAACUCACUGUGUCGCUGAUUCGUUCUUUGAAGGAGGAAAUACCCAUUCUUGUACUCACUCAAGCUACGGAUUCGGACGACGAGCCAAUCUCGCCGCCUCCGAUUGUCUUCAUACCCGUAUGAUACCUUUCUUCUUAAGCUUUCCUUUCUUAAACUUGACCUAACCUCAAAUUCUGUUUUGUUAGACCAACAGUUAAAAGGCCUUUUUUCCUUUUCCUCGCUUCCUUGGCACUCGGCGAUGCUUGAAUGAUUGGCAUGUUGUUAAAGUUGUCAAGAAGAUAUGUGUUUACAAUAUGGAAAGUUCAACAGCUUAAAGAUAUCGCUUUCUCAUGGUAUAUUUUAAAAUAAAUAAUUCCCGCCAUCUCGGCUGGUUUUCUUAUUCUUUCUUUUCCUAUUCUGCCUAUCCUCGUGGUUCCUAUUCUGUUUUGCGCAUAUCGUAUUUGACUCCCUAACACUUAUCACAAUAUAUUGGACAUUGUAGAUGGUAUUUCUCUCCCUUUUUUAUUAGUUUCCUUGAUCAUCUUUCCUUGACAGGGAAGAAGUUGGUCGUCAAACCUUUCAUAUUAUACGACAAUUCUUUUUACCUGUUUUCAAGCUCUGCAAACGUUUUCAACACUUGACUUUAUCGUCGUGGCCUAAGCAUCUACUAGUUAUAAAUAAUGUGAUAUUAACCAUAACCUAGAGCACGUUUGCACACCGUUUUCCUUUCACCUUUGUUACUCGUUCUCACUCGUUAGAGACGCUGGCAAAACACUCGUUGUAUCCUGUAACGCAACGUAACAUAAGGUCUUAAGAACUCUCUUUUGGCAUGGAAGUUGACACGAAAUCUUUUCUCUUUUUUCAGGAGAAAGCGAAGGGUCCCGAAAACGAAAUGGCAAAAAUGGAGAAAUUGUUGAGUCUCGUCAGAGAACCCUCGGCAAAGAAUUGAUCCCUAAAUUUUGCCGAUGACCAAACAAUCACCAAAGAGAGAAGAGUUAAAUCAUAUCUACAGUGAAAAAAGAAGCGGAUUUUCCGCGUUUUAAAAAAGCUUGUUGGUCAUAAGAAGACUUAAAAACAGUUUCAGCUUUAGGCAUUUAUGUGUAAAGCGAACCGUUUGCUCUUGCUUGUGUAAGUUAAUGUAACUCGGUUCUUACGUAAAUUUUGUGUGGAUUUUUUUGCAUGACUUGGUUGGCCAAGCAAAAGAAAAAUUCAGUAGUUAUAUCCAGUGUAAAUAUAUUUUAAUAGUGUAGUUCAGUUCAACUACUGAUGUCCUCACGCUUGAUACAAUGAAUGUAAU